GUCCUGGAGAUCUACCCAGAUCUCCCUCAACAUCUCUUCAACUGCUUGUCCACGAACCGUCUGUGUCCCGUCGCUUCGGAUUUGUACAAAACUCUCCUAGGACUGCAGCGCAAAGCCUGGACGGAGGUGGAGGAUGAGGUCUCAGAAGAACAUCUGGCUCACAAGUGGUCCAGUUGUUGGUUACCAACCUUCUCCAGUGCCUUGACCUCUUCUGACCCGUUUCUCCAGAGCAACACUUCCAGCCACCUUCUCGGACGGACUUUGAGAGUCUUUCCUGCUUCUUAUGCGCUGUUGGCCAUGAGAUUUGGGGGCAGGGACGCCUCUCAGCUCCGAGCGUGGGUCUCCUUGUUGAACGUUCAGAAGACCCUUGCGGGAGACUUGCUCACCGAUGAGAAGACGCUGAAGAGACUCACCUUCUGCCUCUUCUCCAAAGAAGAAACUGUCCGCCUGGCAGCCUUAGGCUUCCUCUGCUCAGCUCCCAAGACCAGUCAAGUCUUAUCGGAGAGGGAGAUCCAACUCUUGAAAGAAUUCCUGCCCCUGAAUUUGAGUUGCGAUUCCUCUUCGUUUCGGCAACUCCUUCAAUCCACGGUGAAGAAGGCUUUGGUCAGAAUGAGGGACAGCUCUCUAGCUGCGCUUCGGCAAUGGAAGGUCAACCAGAUGGAAAGUUUGGCCCGAAAGGAUCAAGAAAGGGGUCUUCUCCGAGCUGUAGAAUUUGUGGAUUGGCUGCUUCAGCUCUGCACAGCGUCUCUGAUGCCCAGCUCCAACUACCAGAGGAGGAAAACAGCUCUUCUCCUCCUGGCUGCCAUCCUGGAGACCUUCACCGACACCUGGAGACCCGAGAGAAAGAAGGGUCAGCCUCCCCGAAAUAUGGCCACCUUAUUGUGCUGGUCCAGGAAUAAAGGCUCCUGGGACUUUUUUUCUACUGGGAACACUUUGGCCCUGUUGAGCUGCUUGCAGGAUAGCACAAAUGAGAUCCGUGAUUUGGCCUCAGAGUUGCUGAACUCUUACUUCCCACCAGAUCUUCCAGCCUCUGCUGCGGUAGCUCUAUUUGGAUGGGCCCUGGAAGCCAUCAGCAGUCCCCGGGUUCAAGAUAGCGAAGCAGGAGCAGCAGUGAUGAAGACUCUGCUUCCCAAGUUGGAUCGUCAUAUCUUGAAGCCGCCAUUGUUGGAAACCGAGAAGGAGCCAUCUAUGCCAUGCAAAUAUCUCUCUUUUCUUGAACAUUUGCUCAACUUGCUACGGAAGCAUUUUGUCAUGGCUUCUCGUGACUUAUUGCAGGCAGCUCACACGACUCCAAUACAUGGGAGCUGUGGAAGGCUGCAGCAUGGGAUUCACCAAAUUUUGUACCACGCUACUAAAUCACCCCAGCCCAGAGCUACAAACCAUCCCACGAACUAUGCUCACCCAGGGUCUGGCUUUGUUAAGCAGCUCCAGAGGAAGCUCCAUCACUCGCAGGGCAGCCGGUUUCCCAAUGCUCUUCCUAUGCAUUGUGACAGGGGAAGAUCCCGCCUCGUCCCGGCCUCUUCUGACUCACUGCAUUCAGACGUUGCUCGCCUUAGCCAGCCAACCGAUCUCCCACAGCUCAGAGCAGACAGUGGAUUUGCCCCAGGUUUCUGCCGUCCACGUGCUUCAAACGUUAGUCCGUGGUUCCAACCUUGGCCCUGCCCUGCAACCACACAUCACAUCUCUAAUGGUGUUGGUUCUGCAGGCUCUAAGCUCCCCGAGUUGGGCUAUGAGGAACGCAGCCAACCAACUUUUCGGUGCCUUGUCUGUUCGCCUUCUCGGGCAGAAAUGGAGUCCGGAGGACAGCCGUGCCAAGGAUGGGGUAAGCCCCGAAGCUCUGUUUGGCCGGCAUGUUCAUUUGAGAAGCGUCCUCCUUGGAGAAUUGACCCUGGCUGUGGAAGUGUCCGUAUCCGAAGGACCGAGAAGAGGGACAUUCCACCUCUGUCCUUCCCUCUACGCUGUCCUCACUUUUCUGGCCAAGCUGCAGCCCAGCGGAGACACUCAGGACAGGGGUGAUUUUGGCGUUACGGAGAUGCCUGCUUGA